AUGCCACCGAUGAAUCCCUCCUGGGCUGCGUUGGGAUUCAAAACCAGCGCGGAUUGGUCCAAGCAGGCUACACAGGACCGAGAUAUCAGUGAUUUCACCGGAAAGUGGAAGUACCAGUCGGAACUGAUGCAGACGACUCCCCUCAGCACUCAGUAUCUCAAAGCUAUGUUGCCGUUCGACUCCACGGCGGACACCGAAUUCGCUUUCAAUUGCCUCGUGCCAGAGGUCGUUGACAUGUUCAACCGUCCCUCUCCGCCGGAAGAAGAGGAGUUGUUAGCCAUCCAAUGGGUCGACACUGACGACGAUGGUCACUACUUCUGUCUCGGCAAAAAGUACAACAAGCAAGGCCAGCUCAUCGAGUUCAUCAUCAAGUCGGGAUGUACUUUCGGAGUCAAAGGCCAGAAAGGCAGGCGUGCUGAUCAUGAAAACGACAAGAAAUCGAAGAGAGCUGCAGCAGAGGGAUCUAGAUUUCACAAGUUCAGACAAAGCGUCGAUCCCGAAACCGAGACCGUCGUCUAUCAUUGGGGUACCUUGUCCCGUAUCAAGCCCUUUGCCCGCAAUACCGCUGAAGGCGAAACCAUUGUCGCCCGCAUACAUCAAGUUGAAGCUCUUCUCACUUCCGCACUUGGUAGAUUCAGCGCCGAUAUGAAGAGAGAUCGUCAGCUCUUGCAGUACAAUCUUUGGCCGUGGAUGCAGUCAAAGCCGACACCCAGACCAUGGACUGGCACGGAGGGACACAGCCCAAUGAAUGAGGGAUGGGCACCACCAGGCAGACUCGGUGUCAUGGAGCCGGAAGACAGACCUACUACCAUGAGCCGGGAAGAUAGAGCCGCCAGGAGACUGGAGGACCCGCUGUACAUGCCCUCGCCACCGGAUAGCGCUGCCCGCGCCGCCAACGACAAGGAGAGGAGACUGUUGAUCAAAGAACAGAGACGGUUUGUUUGCCCGAACGAAGCAUGCCCAUUCCCCGAGAAAAGCUUUGGGGAAGUUCGCGACCUUGAGAAUCACAUUGCCCGGUGCAACAAGGGUAUCACCGGCUACAUGUGGAGGUGUCCGGUCCCUUUCUGCGGAUUCUCUCAAGCCAUGAGCAGAGGCGCAAACCCGAACCAUGUCUUAGGACACACCACUGGAACAUCUACGUGUAUGCUUUGCGGCAUGAGGCACGGCUCCAACCAAUGGCACACCAGACAUGCCAUAGAAUUCUGUGAAUUCCGCAGCGACGAUUCGAUCUACAGCCGUACUCAUUGCAUCGAUGAGAGAUGUUUCUACGAUAGGACAGGAAAGCGCGCCACUGACCUUGUGAAACACGAGAAGCAGCAUACCACUGGCAGUGUUCGCUGCUUCAUCUGUAAGCUAAGGUUCACUCCUCGGGAGAAGGAUGCGCACGUCAAGUUGUGCAAGGUGAAGACUUAUGGCUCUAAGUCUUGA